AAUUCAAGUGUUAAAAUUUGAUAUCAUAGAAUUUGCUAUGGUGAGACUGAGAUCUAUAUGUGAUCCUCAUUCUUCUCAAGAACCCUAAUCUGCAAGCAAUGUUAUGUAUGCAUGAAAUCUUCUCAAAUCAAUGGUGGGACCUAAACGACACUUCCUCCCAAUAAUCCUCAUCACUCUCGCCGCAUUCAUUUUCUACACUUACCACAACACUUCUCUCCCAUCUUCAAUCAUUGAUUCAAACCCUAAUUUCACUCUCAGAAACCCAAUUCAAAUAAACCCUAAUUCCAUCAUUUCCCCCAAUUUCACUUUCCUAAUCAAAGUCCUUGCCUUUAAUCGAUUUGAUUCCGUUUCUCGCUGCCUCCGUUCUCUUGCUGCCGCUGAUUACCUCGGUGAUCGUGUCCAUCUCCAUAUCUACAUUGAUCAUUUUGCUUUUUUGACUGAUGAUGAUUCUGUUGAUUCGAAGCUGAGUGAAUCGCGGAGGAUUUUGGAGUUUGUUGAUGGGUUUGAUUGGAAAUUUGGUGAAAAAGUUGUGCUUUAUAGAACUGGGAAUGUGGGUUUGCAAGCACAGUGGUUGGAAGCUUGGUGGCCUAGUUCAGAUGAUGAGUUUGCUUUUGUAGUUGAAGAUGAUUUGGAGGUUUCUUCGCUUUAUUAUGAGUUUGUUAAGACGGUGAUUGUGAAUUUCUAUUAUAAUGCUUCUAAUUAUAGUCCUUCCAUUUUUGGUGUUACAUUGCAACGUGCAAGGUUUGUUCCAGGUAAGCAUGGCAAUAAAUUGCAGUUGGAUGACCAGACACGACUUUUUUUAUACCAGUUGGUUGGUACGUGGGGGCAAAUUCUCUUUCCAAAGCCAUGGAAAGAGUUCAGAUUGUGGUAUGACAAAAACAAGGCAAAGGGAAAUAAACCAUUUCUUGAAGGGAUGGUGACUACAGGAUGGUAUAAGAAGAUAGGGGAGAAAAUAUGGACACCUUGGUUCAUCAAGUUUAUUCAAUCUCACGGUUACUUUAAUAUCUAUGCAAAUUUUUUGCAUGAGAGAGCAUUAAGUGUCUCUCACAGAGAUGCUGGAGUAAACUAUGGGAAAACUGCUGGACCUGAUUCUCAGUUACUAGAAGAAAGAUCCCUAGAUUUCAAUAUUUUGGAAAUGCAGCCUUUGAGUAGUUUAAAAUGGUUUGACUUUUGUUUCAGAGAAGUACGUCCCGGAAGGCAUGUGAGGAACGUCGAAGAACUUGGAGCUUUGCUUCAUUCUCUACAGAAACGGGAUAGUAUUUUCUUAGUUAAUCUUUUAGGGGUAUCAGAUGCUGUAGUAAGAAACUUACUAUGCCACUUUGAGAGGCUAAAUAUAAGAAAUUAUAUACUCAUGGGUCCUCCAUCUGAUUCCUUAUUCGAUCUGGCUAGGAGGGGACAUCCUGUAAUCAAUGUAGACCAAUUUGUAAGUAGCAUUGGGAUGAAUAAAUUGACUUUGCAAGGUUCGAGUUUAGAGACCAUAAAGGGUAUUGUGGCAAAGGCUUAUGUAAUUAAAAAGUUUAUUGAAAAUAAGUAUAACACAUGGGUUUUGGAUGGGAGCAUGCUUCUCACUUCUGAUGUAUUGCUCGAGUCUGGAGAUCCCAAGGACGACUUCUGUGUUGCGAACAAUUUGGAACUCUUUUAUGCUAAAAGCUCACCGUCCAGUGAGAAAAUCUGGACUAAUGGCUUUGUGUCGAAAGUUGUUGCCAUGGCAGACUCUUUGGGGAGAAAAGACUCUACAACCCUGAGUUUUGUGUAUAUUGUACCAAAAUUAUUGGAACAGAACGGUGCGAGUAUUAGAAGAGUCGACGAGACUUCUUUUGGCAUGAAGAUUGGGUCAAGUGGUCUUGGUAAAUCUUCUCUAGGAGAUAAAAAAUUGGUAUAUUGGUCAACUGAGAUGGAGCUGAAUUCGAUUCAGAAACGGCUCGAAGAGUUGAAUUUAUGGAGUAUAGACAGUGAAUUAUCAUGCACAGCUGUGAUUUGUCACAAGUCAUAGCUUUUUAUGGCAGUUAGAAGCAGUUCUACAUUUUACUUUUCUUAUAAUAUUUGAGUUUUUUUUUUCUUCUUUCUUUCCAAUUUAGCUUAUAUAUAUUCUUUGUUCUCAUUUUGUAUUAUCAGUUGUAUCAAAUUAACUUGUCAAUAUGAGGCUUAAGAUGGAAUGGAAUUAAACAGUGAGUUGAAUUUUGUGUUCAGGAUUGAAAUAUUUGCUUUUAUAGUAAUCUUCCACUACAAUUUUGUGUCCAGAAUUUUGUGUCCA